AUGGAGUUCUGUGAUAUAAACCCCAUGGAUUGUAACUUGACUAUAGAAGAACUUCUUUUCAAGUACCUGGGACCCUGUCAAUCCAGCUACUUUACCCCAAUUUGUGUGAUUUACCUUCUUAUCUUUGCCGUUGGAGCUGUGGGGAAUACUUUAACUUGCAUUGUGAUUAUCAAACACAAGAUCAUGAGAACUCCUACAAAUUAUUACCUAUUUAGUCUUGCAAUUUCAGAUUUGCUUGUCCUCUUGCUAGGUAUGCCUCUUGAACUUUAUGAGCUCUGGAGUAAUUACCCCUUUCUUUUCGGAAGAGGUGGAUGCUCUUUUAAAACUCUAUUAUUUGAGACAGUUUGCUUUGCCUCCAUUUUAAAUGUAACAGCACUGAGUGUGGAGAGAUACAUUGCCGUGGUACAUCCUCUUCGGGCCAAGUAUGUAGUGACCCGGAAUCAUGCUAAAAGAGUCAUCAUUACCGUCUGGGUUUUGUCUAUUCUCUGUUCUGUUCCCAACACCAGCCUCACUGGAAUCUAUGAGCUUUCUGUACCUGGUCUUGGAGUGAUACCUGGCUCUGCUACGUGUACUGUGGUAAAACCAAGAUGGAUUUACAACCUCAUUAUUCAGAUCACCACCAUAUUUUUUUUCUUCUUACCUAUGGGUACAAUCAGUAUUCUGUACCUGCUAAUCGGCCUUCAACUUAAGAAGGAGAAGAUGCUGCAAGUUUUAGAAGCAAAGUCUGGUGGAGAUGGAGACAGUUACCAAAAUGUUAGACUUCAACAAGAGAAAAACCGAAGAAGGCAAGUGACUAAGAUGCUAUUCAUCCUUGUGGUGGUGUUUGGAAUUUGUUGGGCCCCCUUCCAUACCGAACGACUGAUGUGGAGCUUCAUCAAUGACUGGUCAGAAGAAAUGCACCAGAUGUUUGGCUUUGUUCAUGUCAUCUCUGGGGUGUUAUUUUAUCUCAGUUCGGCAGUGAACCCAAUCCUGUACAACCUACUUUCCACACGUUUCCGGGAGAUGUUCAAGGAAGUCAUGUGUCAUGGGAGGAAAAAGAGGUUAGGCUCACGAAGAUCCUCCCCUAGUGUUACAAGGGUUACCACGCGAAGUACAGUGUGUGAGCACAUGCCGGGAAAUGGACUCCCUUUUUCUGAUGUAGAUGAAUUUGACGUGUAUGUAGAGUGUGAAAAUGUGACCAAAAAUCAGUCAUCUUUCUCAUGAACCUCUCCCUUGUCAUUCCUGCGGUGGUCCAUAAUGCAGCCUAUAUGCCAUUA